AUGGAGACAUCCAAAAUCCCCCCAAUCAAAGAAGAAGAUCUCCAAGAAUUGCUCCUUACCCUUCCCAGUGAGAAAAACCUUGAUGGCACAAAUUCUCUCUAUCUAUACCAAGGGGCUUGGAUGUCAGCUUAUGUCUUAAGAGCUGUGUAUUCCUUUCAACGCCACUUUAUUGCUCAAGACACCGAUAUAAUUGUAGGUAGCAUGCCGAAAUCAGGCACUACUUGGCUGAAAGCCCUCGCGUUUUCAGUUGCAAAACGCCACAUCUAUGGCCCCAAAGAAAGUCCCUUGCUCACGACCACACCUCAUGAACUCGUGCGUUUCAUUGAGACUGACCUUUACUCGAAAGACCAGCAACCAAAUCUUGAGCAACUUCCUCCUCCAAGAAUUUUCGGUUGUCACUCCCAUUAUGCAAAUUUGCCAGAGUCCAUCAGAAUUUCUAAGUGUAAAGUUGUGUACAUAUGUAGGAAUCCAUUGGACCAAAUUGUCUCUUUUUUUCAGUUUGCACACAGGUUCAAACAAGAUGGCACACCUUUUUUAUCACUAGAUGAAUGCUGUGACAACAUCUGUCGCGGUGUCCACAGCCAAGGGCCUUUUUGGGAUAACGUGUUGGGGUAUUGGAAAGCAAGCUUGGAAAGACCAGACAAGGUGUUGUUUUUGAAGUACGAAGACUUGAAGGAGGAUAUAGUCUCGAACCUGAAGAAACUGGCUGAGUUCUUAGAGAUUCCCUUCACCGACAAAGAAGAAAAGGAAGGGGUUAUUGAAGAAAUAUCAAGGUUGUGCAGCUUUGACAAUCUAAGGAAUUUGGAAGUGAACAAAAAUGGUGUUCGUCCUUCCGGGGCUCCAAAUAGUGCCUUCUUCAGAAAAGGAGAGGUGGGUGAUUGGGCAAACUAUCUAAGUCCUUCCAUGGCUGAAAACUUCAUGAAUAUAGUAAAAGAAAAGUUGGCUGGAUCUGGUUUAACCUUCAAAACAUCUCAAUAA